AUGAGUAAAUGUCUGAUGUGUCCUGACAAGGGACCUAUUCUGUUGAAGAAUGCUGUUCAAUGUAAAUCUUGCUCUAUAUAUCAUCAUAAGUCAUGUGGUAACAGGUCAAAGUUGUUGCCUGAUGGAAGUUAUAAUUACUGUUGUGGUACUGGUGGUCAAGUUCAUGAUGAAGAUUUUGCUGGACUAGAUCCUGGAUUUCAACUUAUUUUGAAAAGGCUUGACAAAGUAGAUGCGUCAUUGUCAGAUAUUCAAUCCUUCAGCAACAAGCUAACAGAACUUGAAAAAAAGGUUGAUACACUUGAAGAGAUUGUUACUGGCGAGUCUUUAUAUGAUGAAAUGAAAGAUAGGAUGAAUAGAGAGAAGAACUUUAUUAUAUAUAACUUUGAUGACUCAGUGAAUGCAACUGCUACUGAUUCUGUGAAAAUAAAGAAAUUGCUCGAAGAUACAAAGGUUGUUAUUCCAUUUAACUUUGAUGAUCUUAAAGUUUUUCGACUUGGACGUGAUUUUGUUGAAGGAAAGAAUAGAUUAGUCAAAGUUGUUAUGAAAUCCUCUGAUAAUGUACACUGGAUUUAUCAUUAUAGUAGUGAAAUUUUUAAAAAUAAUGUUUUUGAGAGUAGUGAUCUUACAAGAAAACAACAAGCUCACAUGCAGAAACUUAAAAAUGGAGUGAAGCAUAGAUCUGCCAAGGGAGAAAAGGACUUAAAAAUUAAACAUAUCAGAGGUAAACCAACGAUUGCUAAAUCUAUUGUUGCUGAUAAUCAAUUAAAUGAGAAUGAUGAAGAUACUGAAUGA